AUGCUCGUUGACCUCUCCUCCUCGGCGGCGGGGAAAAAGACGAAGGGCUGCCGGCCGGAGACCAUGCUCGAGAAGGACCACUGCGCCCCCUGUCUCCCGAAGAAGAAUCCUGCAGAUACACGGAGAAGGGCGGGACUGAGAAAAGAAGGCUAGCCAGGAUCAAAUAAAUCUUCUUGGCAGGAAGUUUGAAGCUUGAAGAACUAAUGGUUUUCGACGCAAAUCAGAGGAGAUUACGGCCCAUUCUGUCUCACUUUUAGCAUCCCGAGUCUCAGAUUGGGAGGGAAAAGAGCGAGAGAGAGAGAGAGGCGCCGGUCAAGGAGGACGAAUCCCGCGUUGCAACACCACCGCUACCACCUACGUUCUGAUGGAUUCCAAGGGAGGAAUGCGGCGAGAGUUAUCGACGGAAGCCGAUAAAUCUAAAGAAAACAACAACAAUCCCGAAGAAAUCGAAGAACAGAUCAAGAGAUCCUGUAGAACAGAAAUUCCUGAAUUAUAUAUUUACUGCGCUAAAACAGUAAUCGACGCCGAAACUUGCGCGCAUAUGUAUGGUAUUUACGCUCCAUCGACGAGAAAAAUUUCCCCCGACAGAUCAGUGGAACGAGAACCAAAAAACAGUCGACCGAUCUCUUCCGACGAGAACCCGCAGCCCUUGGGCUGAAGGGGGAAGACCAAAUCGGAAAGUUCAAAAAAAAUAUAAAAAAGGAAAACUAACAAACUAGACGGGGAACGAAGCCCCAACGACCCCAGGGAUUGAAAAACCGAGAAGGAUAUCCAUGCGGAAACGAUCCACAGCGGACCAGCAAUAACUUCAAAAGAUUUUAUCAGACAAAAGAAUAAGAACAUCAAGUGUUCGAGGAACACCAGGGGAAGAGACGAAGGGGCCCAGACCUCCUGUCUCCUCUCUCGCCGCCGACUCCCUCCCGCCGAUCCCCAGAAAGUCCGUCUCCAUGCUCUCAAGUCGCCUCUCUCUAG